CUUAUAUCAUAAAAUUCAAAUAAAUACUCGCUGUAAACCAAAAGUUAUAUUUUUUGGAAUUAACCCUUUAUCUGAGAGUCAAUAACCGCAAAACUAUAUAAUAGAGCUUCUUCCCUUGGUUUAAUUUCUGAGUAACUUGCUUGCUAAAAAAUCUUUGGGGCAAUAAGUAUAGUUCCAGUGAUUAAAUUCCAUUGUUGUAUUCACAGUUGCUAUAAACACGUACAGUGGCUGCAGGGCCUCGCUGAGAUAUCGCGACAACUCGACAACCAAAACACGAAUGACAAAGCAAGCAAAAACUCUCAAACAAUUCCCAAAUGUACCAGAUGAAAUAAAGUGAAUUAACCGACCAGAUUCAGACCCAGUAAUUGACCUCGUCUCGACCCGCACCUUCCUUCCCUGCCCUGGUACAUCACCACACUGCGGCAUCGGGUUACCAAGUACCCCCAAAAAUGCACCACGAAUAGAGAGAUUGCGCCAUCUCACGACCUCAAUCGAAACCCACCACCUCCAUCCCCCGAAUGAUUGUCGAAACAUGCACCACAGACGCCGGACCUCAAUUCAUGGCCUCACACCCCGCUCCGUCGCGGCCGAGUCGAAGGCCUAGAGGCGUCGCUCCGACAGAGAGCGAGCUCAAUGUGUACCCCCCGCGCGACGACAAGCACCAUAUCACCGUCGAUACGAAGCCGCCGAAGAAGACGCUGAAGAGGCCCAGGAGGUUGAGUGAGGCGGAACAACAACAUGACCACUUUGGGUUGAAGAAAUCGCGGUUCGCGAGGAUUGAGGUUGAUGCGAGGCCGCGGGCGCAGCCUAGGAAGUUAGCUGUUGCCAAACCAGCCAAAACUGCGGCCGCGAAACCGGAGGCGGCGGCGGCGCAGCGGCAGAUACGGAAUAAGGAGGAGGGUACGGAAGAGAGAGUGCUGCCGAAGUAUGCGGAGAAGGCGAGUAAUGGGAUUAAGCAUGAGCUGGAGAGACUGCAGCCUGAUGGGAAGGAUACGAUGAGCGAGACGCGGAAGCUGAGGUCUCAGGAGGGAACGAGGUUUAAGAGUGAAUUGGCGUCUUACUUUCCCGAUUACGAUGUUGUAAUUGGGAAUGAGGCUGCUGAGGAGACGCAUUCGAUUGAUGUUGGGACGUCCAUUAUAAUUUCUGAUAGCAACCCUCCGACACAACAAAAGCAGCCAAAUAAUCCGAGUCCUGAAAAGAAACAGCUGGAGAAUGGGGCAGGCAAAGCGGCAUUUAAAAAUUUCACUGACUCUCUGUUCUAUGACCUGUAUCAGGCACAGAAGGUGGACUUUACAUUUUUGGACAGGCAUACAAAGGCUACCCCACAGUCAGACCCUCUACCGGAUUCAUACUAUGACAUUCCCCAUCGACGGGCAAAGCGGUUGGAGAUGUCCAUCCGUAAUUCCGAGAAAGGGCGGGCACAGCAUGAGAAAGAUCACGUGGCCCGAUUACUCGAAGGACUGCAAGGUCAUGACUGGUUAAAAGUGAUGGGCGUCAGUGGAAUAACUGAGAGCAAGAAGAAGGAGUAUGAGCCGGCUCGGGAACACUUCAUCAAAGGAUGCCAGGGGAUUCUUGAUAAGUUCCGGUCAUGGAGAGACGAAGAGAAGCGCCGCAAGCUCGAGAAGGACAAGGCUUUAGCGGAGGCAGCUCAGGAAGGAGAAGACGAGAGCGAGGAAAGCGACGGCGAUCCCCCGGAUUACAGCGACGUCGACCACGCAGCAGCGAUGCAGCUCCACGAGGAAGCCAUUGCUCGCUCCGCACCGCACACCCCUACUAAACGGAGGGCGGAAAAGCGGGCAAAAGUCGAGUUUGAGGAACUGCCUAUGGAUAGGGUGGAGAAGGAGUUCAAGUCGUUUUACAAAAAGCCGCAUUUGCGACAGGCUGCGUUGGGGAAGCAAAGGAAGAGCGGGAGGAGCGUGUCGGCGUGGGGUCAUCCUAUCCCUGAGGUACCGGAGGUGGACUUUGAUCUGCCAGAGGAGGUGAAGGAGGAGGCGGCGAAGGAUACUACGGCUAGGAGGAAGAGGAGGGUUAGGAGGGAGAGUUUGAGUAAGGAGGGUUAGGCGGGAGAGCUUGGGCAAAGAAUGAACCGUGAUGUCGGGGCGAAUCGAAAGUGCUUCAUUUAGCUACUGACGUGAAACGGAAGCGCUGGGUGGUUUGUAUGAGUUUAGUUUGGUUUGGGAGGCGCGGGCGUCGGAGUUGGCAAGACUUGGGGUCUUUGUAUGAGGUAUGCAUUACUAUUGCUGGUUGGAUUGCUUUUGUAUAAGUACAGAAUAUUCAAUAAUCCGAUACCCUGAACAUAAGAACAAGAACA